CUGGGCCUUUCUGUGGAACCUUCGUGCAACGGGGAAAGUGUAUUUUAAUUUGGGAUUGGACACCGUAUGCUAUAAAUAUCUGUAAAAUGUAUAAACCGGUCGUACACACAAAAGAACUGCUUAUUGUCUCCAAAUCCAAGGAAGAAGAGCCUAUAAAAAUGCCUUAUUACCAGCCAAUAUUAGAUGUGGAUGACAAAGCGCAGCAGGAGAAUUCGGCUCUUGUAAUUGAAGCUUUUUCGGCCAAAAGCUGUUCAGAGAUGUCGGAGUUCGAGCUGAGCUAUCCUUGCAAAUAUUGUUCGUUCAAAGGCGAGACGAGAACAGAAUUGGUCGAACACAUCGACACCCACGACAAGACGAAACCGUACGAAUGCGAAGAGUGCGAGUACAAAUGUUCACAGGCGAGGCUUCUGAAGCGCCAUUUCAGGAAGCACACCGGCGAGAAACCGUUCGCCUGCGAAGAGUGCGAGUACACGACAGCAUAUUCGCCGGCUCUCAGGGUCCACAUGCGGACCCACACCGGAGAAAAGCCGUUCGCCUGCGCCUUAUGCGAUUACCGGUGUGUACACGGUGGACAUUUGAAGGAACACAUGAGGACGCACACAGGCGAGCGGCCGUACGAGUGCGUCGAAUGCGGCUUCAAAUUCGCCCGACCCGCCCAUCUGGAGAGGCACAUGAUGACCCACACAGGAGAGAAGCCGUACAGCUGCAGCAUAUGUCCGUACAGGUGCGCGAGGGUAGCCCAUCUGCAGAGGCAUCUACGGAAGCACACCGGCGAGAAACCGUUCUGCUGCGUCGUCUGCAACUACAAGUGCACGCAGUCGAGUCAUCUCAAGAUCCAUCUCCGGCUCCACAACGGCGAAAAACCCUACGAGUGCAACCGGUGCGAUUUCAGGUGCACUAAGUCUGGAAACCUCAAAGUGCACAUGAGGACUCACACCGGCGAGAAACCGUUCAAGUGCAAACAUUGCGACGCCAAAUUCGCUAUGUCCGAGAAACUUAGGGAGCACAGGAGAAGCGAACAUUCCAAAAAAUACAAACAAUUUUCUUGCACAGACUGUGAAUUUACAUGUAAGAAAAAAAGAGAUUUGAAGUCACACGCGAAGACUCAUCAAACUGACGGUCAAACUGAAAAUCCAUAAAUUUCAACAGAUGUUUUAUUUUUGUUUUCCAAUAAACAUUUUUAUUUUUGAAAAUUUUUUAAAUCCAGUUUAAAAGAAUUAUUGAGAAUUGAUGAUAAUCGGACAUUUUCUA